AGUCUAUACAGAUACGAUAACAAAUAUCCAGAAGUAUCUUAAAGAUGAUCAGCAUUUGCUAUCUGCUUCGAGAGAUGGGAGCGUGCAGAUUAAAGCUUCGGUUGUGUGUUGGCAUCCAUCAGGAGAGACAUUUAUUACUGGGAGUUAUCACGGCGAUAUAAGAUACUGGACUCCGCCCGACUUGACAUACUGGACAGAUCGGUGA